AAUACUGCAAUUGGCUACACGUGCGAGAGGAGUUUAGUGUUGAUUUUGAAUUUGUGUUUGCGAAUUAAAUAUUUUUUUGGGAAAUAUGAAUAAAACCAAACGAAAGCAACAAUCCAAUAAAGUGGCUUUAAAGCGUGAUUAUAAAUCUGAUUCCGACUCCGAUGGAGAUGCAGAUGCUCUUAGUACAAAUGAUGGAUUUGUGGAGCCGGAACAAAAGCCUAUCAUUAGCAAACCGCCCCAAAAGAAAAAGAAAUAUAAGGACAAUGAAACGAAUAAAGUGAAGCCACCUACUAUCGAGGAGAUGAAGGAGUUACGUGAUACUCGUAAUUUAUUUCACUCAAAUCUCUUUAAAUUGCAAGUAAAAGAAAUGCUCGAAGAGCUUCAUCUGAAGUCCAAAUAUACCGACUACAUCGACAAAUGGUUGGAGAAUUUCACAACUUUUACUGAGCAGCUGGAGGAUGGUUUAAUGGAUCGGUGUCAACUGGAAGUGCCAUUGCAUUUGCAUAAAAAAACAAUUAAUUUCAUAUUUAGUAAACCAGAACAGCCGCCUCAAUUAAUAGGAGCUGCAUCCCAGGGCACACUACUCCAGCCAAAUUUCAUAGUGGACAUAGCUUUGGAAAUGCCAAAGAAAUGUUUUGAAAAAGAUGAUUAUCUUAAUCUUAUCUAUGAUCAGAAACGAGCACUAUAUUUGGCCUAUGUAACGGAUAAAAUGAAAUCUUCCUCAAUUUAUAGAGAAGAUCAGUUUGCCUAUAACUACUAUGCAAAUAAUCCACUUAAGCCAGUUCUAGAAUUAACACCAUUUGCCAAAAUUGGCAAACAUUUAAAAUUCCGUCUAUUUAUAACAGCUCCCGUAGAAACGUUCCGUUUAGGUCGAUUUGUGCCUUCGAAUAAUAAUAUUCGACCAAUUCUCUUUAAUGAUGAAUGGAAUUUAGAGGAGCAGCCAUUACCAUCCACUCAGCAUUAUAAUGCGAAUGUUCUUUUCGAUUUAACAUUAAGCGCCAAUCAAAGCUUGCUAAACAAAUCCUUUCAAGGACGACGCAAUUUUCAAGAUGGUUUACUCUUGCUUAAAGUCUGGCUCCGUCAACGUCAACUGGAUGUGGGCUUCAGUGGCUUCAGUUCUUACAUCUUGGCCAUGUAUAUUGUCCAUUUAAAUCAACAGCGUGUGCUGCAUCAAUCCAGUAGUAGUUAUCAAGUGGCUAGGACUGUUUGGAAUCAAUUGGCCAACAGUGAUUGGACGAAAGGCAUUAGCUUGGCUCAGCAAGCGACUCAGGAGCAGCUUAGCUUUGUGGUUGGCUUUUAUGAUGUCUGUUUCAUGGAUAUAACUGGACAUUAUAACCUAUGCUCCAAUGUUCCAUUGGCUGUCUAUAAAAGAGUUCGUGAAGAGGCUAAAUUGGCUGUGGAUUUGCUAAAUGAUAUGAAAAUAAAUAGUUUUUCAUAUAUAUUUAUGCAAAAAUGUCCACUCUACACUAGAGUAGACAAUAUACUCAAGAUCACAAAAGCGACGAGUGUACAGCAAUUGUUGCUGUUGCAAAAUCACACUGAAAUGAAAUACGAUUAUGCCAAUUAUGGUUAUCCACAGAUGCUAAAAACUCUAACCGAUCUUUUAGAAAAGGGUUUAGCGCAGCGAAUACAUGGCAUAAUCCCACUGGAAACUGCCGUUUCCCCAUGGUCAGUGGACUCAAAGGCUCCCAUAAUUGGUCAAUCCAUACAGUUGGGGCUCAUUUUGAAUCCCGAACAUGCUUAUGAGGUCUUGGAUAGGGGACCAGCGUCUCAGGAUGAUGAUGAAGGUGCUGCCGAAUUUCGUUCAUUUUGGGGUGACAAAUCCAAUUUACGUCGGUUUCAAGAUGGCUCCAUAUGUGAGGCAGUUGUCUGGGCUGCCGUUAAAGAUUCGCCGGCUAAAAAGCGACUUAUUGUGAAAGACAUCUGCCUGCAUUUGCUGGAGCAUCAUUUCAAAUUGGAUAAAGACGAUGUCCAAUUUAUAGCCAAUGAACUAGAUAUUGUGUACAAACUAUCGCCAUGGUUUAAGGUCAACAAGUUGAUGGAUAAAACCAAAAUGAAAGAAGAAUUAGAUCAGAAUACAGAUUCUGAAGCGUUAACUCCAAAUGUGAUACGUUGCUACGAUGAGUUGUCGCGCCAGUUACAUGGCCUUAACGAUCUACCGCUUGAGAUUGUUUCUAUUUCGGGUGUAUCACCGAUUUUCCGCUACUGCGAAUCGCAACCUGUGCUGCCCCAAACUCGCUUGCUGGCCAAUCGUCGCAUUCAUACGAACCAUGUGCUACGCGUUGUUAUUCAGUUGGGUCAGAGUGGUAAAUGGCCAAAUGAAUUGGCUGCUCUGAGGGCCCUCAAGACUGCAUUUCUCAUUGAGAUUGGUGAGAAACUGAAAGAGCAAUGUCACUUAAAUUGGUCCUUAACAAGCGAGGGGUUAUUGAUAAUCAAGCGCGGCUAUUGCUUUUUGAUAGAAUUGGCUCAUAGUAAAGAAUCGGCAUUGCUAAAACAACAGAUCAAUGAGCGUGGCAUAACCACCUAUGUGGAUAAUCCUCAAAGUCGUGACCUUGAGCGAAGGCAUUACAUAUUGCCAAAAGUAAGUGGUGCAUUGCAUUCAUUGCAUCAAUCGCAUUCGGCCUAUGGACCCACAGUUCUCAUAGCCAAACAAUGGCUAGCCUCUCAGCUAAUCGAUGAUGGUCUAUGGUCCCCCAUGGCCACCGAACUAUUGGUCGCAUAUCUUUAUCAACAGCGACAUGCUCCCUUUAUCACAGCGGCCCCCCAGACUGGCUUCAUAAGGCUGCUGCAAUUGAUGUCGCUGAGUGAUUGGCAGGGAGAGUUGUUUUUACUUAAUUUUAAUAACAGCUGGGAAGAUCAACAAAUUGCUGAUCUGGAGCACAGUUUUCGUAGCGAUCGUGAGAGUUAUCCACCUUUAGCACUGGCAACCUCCUAUGACCAACAGCAUGCUGGACGUCUCUGGACUACAGAUGAGACACCGAAUAGACUUGUUCUUAAUCAUGUAUCCAAAUUGGCUCGCCAUGCUCUAGAGUUGAUUGAGACGAAUUUAAUGUCAAAAUCUUUGCAAUUUUUGCGUCCUGCUCAGCUAUUUCGGGCCUCUAACGAGGGCUACGACUUGGUUAUUCAGCUUAAACCCGAACUGUUGGCAAAUUCCUUAAACUAUGAUAUGGGUUCGCCUUUUGUUGACUUUGGUCAACCUAAUUUUAACUUGCCCUUGGCCGGACAAGAUCGUCUAGCCCAUAUUGUGGCACAUUUAAGAUCUGCCUAUUCGGACUAUGCUGCCUUCUUUUAUAAGCCCCAUGGUGGAAAAGAAUUAGCCAUUAUGUGGAAACCGCCAAAUGUGUUUGCCCCAAAGGCCUUUAAAGUGAAUGAAUUACAAGCCAGCACUCCAUGCGUUGGCAAUCGAAAUCAAGUUCAGGUCUCGAGGGAUACACUUCUUGAGGAUUUCAAAUUGUUACUCAAAGAUUUCUAUGCGCGCAUUUGUACAACAGAAGAUCUGAAACGGGAACAGAAGCAGCACUCGAAACCCAAGCGGUAUUUCCAGAUAAAUCCUAAACAAUUUGAAAAUGAGUCAAUGAAGCCAAAGAAACAAAUACAUAAACCAACAAAAGCAAAGACAAAAACCAUAAACACCAAGAAACUGAAGGGCAAGAAAAUUCUAUUGAAGAGCAAACCAAUUAAAGCUUUGGUUUAGUUUUCGAAAUAAUCAAACAAUGUUUGUACAUAUUUACAUAUAUGUUGUUUUUAAAUAAAUGUAGUAGAUAAUUAUGACAA